AUGCUCAAUAUCAUUUUCUGCAGUUUGGCCUUUCCACUCCACCUCAAUAUCAUCACCUUUUCCGAAAUGGACGUACAGCGUUUCGCCACUCUGGAUACCACUGACACGGGUCAGAAUGCCCAAGUGGCCACGGUGAGUCGCACCGCUACUCCACCACCACCGCAGCCACCGCCGCCACCACCGCCAUCAGCUAGCCUAGAGGCUUUUGCACCGCCUGUGGUGGCAGAAUACUGGUGCCAUACACAGGUUCGUGUUACCAAGCUGCGUUACAUCUGGACCAUUAGCAACUUCUCUUUUUGUCGGGAAGAGCUCGGUGAAGUGGUGAAGAGCAGUGUCUUUUCCUCAGGACCUAACGACAAACUUAAAUGGUACGUGUUUCUUACUCCACCUAACACAUCUUUUCCCAUUUGCCCACUGUAA